GGAAUACCCUUCACUAACUGAAAUUCAGCUGUUUGUGUGAAACCAAACCAAUACAUGUGGAAUCAAAAUCAUUGGUCUAAAUAAGAAAUAUGAAUUAUUUAAGAGUUAUUCGGAAUAAUUGGAAGAAAUGCACAUUCGGAGCGGCAGUUUCUGUGUACGCGCUGCAAGCGCUAAAAACGCACAUCGAGAUUGAACAACAUAUGCGCGAAUUUGCGUCCAAUAUCCAGACCAAUUGGGUAUCGGAUCGCCCCAAGAAGGUACUGGUGGUUAUGAAUCCCGUGGCCAAUAAGAAGCGAUCGGAAAAGUUCUUCAAGAACUACUGCGAGCCGGUUUUGCAUUUAGCUGGAUACUCCGUGGAGGUCCUUCGAACGAAUCACAUUGGUCAUGCCAAAACCUACGUGGAAGAGCUGGCAACGCUACCCGAUGCCAUUGUGGUUGCCGGCGGCGACGGUACCUCAUCGGAGGUGGUCACAGGGCUGAUGCGGAGGCGCGGUAAUCUCUGCCCGAUCACCAUACUUCCGCUGGGACGUUCCGUGCAAUCCGCAUCCAAGCGCAUCAAUAUCUUUGGCGUCAAGGACGUCAACUAUGUAAAAAGCCUUUCCAAAGCCCUGGAACCUAUGCUCAAAGAUGAGAGCCAGUACCAAAGCGUGAUCCGUUUCGAUGUGAUCAACGAAGACGAUGGCAGCGACAACCAGCUGAAGCCCAUAUUCGGCCUUAAUGGCCUGUCCUGGGGUCUGUUAGAGGACAUCAAUGCGGCAAAAGAUAAAUACUGGUACUUUGGACCACUGCGUCACUACGCUUCCGCUGCCUCCAAAUCCUUUGCUGAUAACUGGAGCCUGAAGACCGACUAUGUGUACACACCGCCGUGUCCUGGUUGCGUUGACUGUGCUGCUUCUGUUCAGCGCCAGGAAGUCUCACAGCCCGCUGGUCUCUUCACAAGAGGCUUCAUAAAGUACCAGAAGAGCCCGACGGAAACCAAGAGGCCACUCAUCAAGAACGACAAUUGCAGCAAGAAGUUCGAGGGAAGCGCUGAAGCCAGUCAAAUCAACAUCAAUUGUGUUCAGAACAAGGAUAACUUUGCGGAGCUGGAGAGUCAGUUUAUAAGUUCCUUGCAGCCGGGCUGGGAGUUCAUCAAGCAAAUACCUGAAGUGACGUGCAGCAACAUUUUGCCAAGCUUGGUGGUUAAAAGCAGGACCAUUCAACUGCAUCCGGAUAGUGAAAUGGCCGAGAAGUUUUACUCCAUCGAUGGCGAGGAGUACGAUGCAAGACCCAUUAAGGUAUCUGUUGUUCCCAAUGCUAUUAAAGUUUUUUGUUGACAUUUUAAACGUGUAUAUUAAUUAAAUCUUGAUUAAAUGGCGCUACUAGUAUAGCAUAACACAUUCACAGCAAAA